AUGUUUUGCUUGCACGUGCAGCUGUAUCCCGAAACCGGCGAGCAGAGCGGUGGAGCGGCGUGCGCAGCGGUGGCGUCGUCCCAGUCAACGGGGCGCUCGCCGGCGCCGCUGGUGGCCGUGCAGUCGACACCGACGCCUCCCCCGAGUGAAGACCACCUGCCACCGAGCGGGGGUGGUAGCCUGCCACUCAGUGCCUCAUGCCACUCACUGACGGCCGCCACGACGGGCAGCAGCCUGGGCUCCUCCAUCAACGACCUGACGCUCGAGGCCGAGCAGCUGGAGCGCGCCAUCCGCGCCAACGAUGUGGCCACCACGCGCCGCCUCCUGGAGCUGCACCACGGUCGCUUCUCGGUCAACCUGCACGGAAGCCUGCUGGACAAGAGCAGCGCCGGCUCGGCCAGCCAGGACAUGGAGAUCCUGCUGCGCAAAAGCCAGACGCUUAUCGACCGCUUCGGUCGCGGUGACUCAGUCUCCACAGACUUGGAGCCCGUGCCGGCCGUGUUCACAUCCGCACUGCACCUGGCCGUAGAACAUGAGGCAAUGGACGUGAUCAACCUCUUGCUCAAGUACGGCGUCGAACCUAAUGAGGCCGGCGUGCCUUUGGGCAGCCUGCGCCGCGGAAGCUCGGCCGCCUCCGAGGCCAGCGGCUCGCUGCGCCGUGCCACGCUUAGUCCCGAUCAGGCGCCAUCUCCCGAGCUGCGACGCCGCAAGUACGUACCGCUGCGUGCCGAGCUGGCCGCCUCGCUGUGCGUCGUUCGACACUCGCCAGACGGUCGAGAGAUUACCUUCGAAGAAGAGUACACCCGCGAUUUCCUCUACAGCCUGCCGCCUCUUUUCCUGGCUGCCGCGCUGAGCCGCACGAAUGCGGUGCGGCUCUUGCUCAAGUACGGCGCCUCCGCCAGUCCCCGCGACAAGAACGGCGUGACACCGCUGCAUCUGGUCGCUUGUCAGCCACAGCUAUCGUGGGACUGCGUGCACGCGCUGGUCGAAGCUGGAGCUCGCAUUCAUGUUGCCAGCCUGCGUGGCGCGACACCUUGUGACCUCGCUCAGACCGACUUGAGCACCGUGCAGGCCUCAGCCAUCAAUUCUGCCUUCGCUAGUGCUCAGAACGCCGCGGCUGCCGCCGCCGCGGUGCUGCAGCUCACUACUCCCGGGGCGCCCACGACCGCAGCUGCUGCCGGUGCCGUUCCCGCCGCGGUAUCCUCGGUAAUAUCCGCCGCACCACCUGUCAAGCCACCUCAAGAAGAGGCACACGUGACAAGAUCCAAUAUAUUGCGCCGCCUGCAGGACUCGAGGCCGGGCCAAACUCACCGUGGCUCGGCCCGCAAGAAGGAACAGCCCGAAGAACUGGCUCCGUCACCAGAUGGCCCACCACCACCUGGAAAACAGCGCAGCCCUGGAGUCGUCAACGUCGCGCCUGAGGAAGACAAGACUCAGGAAAGAGUACCCAGUGCCGAGCCGCAAUGUUCCAAACUGAAUCGCCGAAAAAGUGGCGACGAUGGCAGAUUCAAGACCAAGGUCAACACACCAUCCGCCGAAGACGCCGAACCAGCGAGCGAGCCGGUGGACGUGGACGCGAGCCUGGCGACGCUAACGCGCUUAGCGCACAACCCCGAGUGCCUGGACACCAUCCUUUUCGGUCUUCAGCGUCACCUGGCGGCCAUCAUUGAGCUCACACUGCUCGUGGACGGCGACCGGCUCCAGCGUCCACUCGCGGCGCUCUUCAACCGCAUCCUAUUGACGGUGACCACCGUGCAGAGCGACACGGGCCACCCGGCGGCUGACGAAGACAUGGUGGCUGCGCACAUGUGUCACCUUCUACGCGUGGCGCUGAGCAGCCUGCGUGGUGGACAGGCACUGCAGUUCACCGCUUUGCUUCUAAUCAACAAGCUGGUGGACCUGGGCGUUGCCCGAGGCCUGACGAUGAGGCCCAGCUGCAGCCAACCCUCCGGCCGCUGCUCGGUGCACAGACUUGCCGCACUGUGGCACCAGUCAUCGAGCGUCAAGGAGAACCACGGCUUCCAGCCUUUGCCCUCGGUGUUCCCUUGGAAAGUGCCCAGGGCCCCCGAUCCGCCACCGGGCCGCUGGUGGUGGUCGUGGCGCUCGGGCGUCCGCGACCCGGCGGCCGAUGCCGAGCCACCAUCCCGCGCCAGCCGGCCCAGCUUCCUGGCCAUUUUGGCUGACGAGGGCGUCGACUUCCUGCUCAACAUGCUCAACAACGCCAUUACGCUGCACAAGCGCGUUGUCGGCACCCGCCACCACUGCACACCAUCGCACCGAUGGCGCCAUUGCAGCUACCACUGCCUACAGAUUCUGAGCGCACGGGCCGUGCUUUUCAUGAGCCAAAACAUCGACGUCCAGAACAAACUGGUCGAGGAAGCCCACCUCAAGAUAUUGGUGAACGCGUUGGAUUCCACGCACGAUCCCCAACUGCUUUGCCUCGUGCUGCAAAUCGUCGCCACGCUGGCUCUGGUUCCCGACCACCACACGGCGCUCACGGACGCCGAGCUGCCGGACAGCCUGACGCAGCUGGUCCUUCCAUCGGACGAGUGGUACUACACCAACCACAGCACCAAGUACGCGCGUUACGUGAAGCAUCACGCCGCCAGGGUGCUCGUCUAUCUGGGAAUGGAACAGCGCCUGCGCAACAAGGUGUAUCUUUUCGACCUGAUAGAGGACCAAGCAGCCCCAUCGACGCCUAUGCUUGACAGCAGUGAAGACGGCUACAUUGUCGACACGUCGAUGCCGCCCUGUGCCGUCUACGAUUCGGCACAGCGGCUUGUCGGCAUGUCCGUUGAGACAUUCGUACUUGACAUGCUCAAGCACGCCGAGAGCCUCACCUGCUCAAUUGGCAAGAAGAGCGUGUCUCAGCAACAGAAGUCUUGCCUCGACUUCAUUUUUGAUCCAGUCAGUAAGUACAGAAAAGAACUCGCACCGGACUUCGGAAGAUGUCUAAUCUAA